GAGACGUCAUACCUCACUGUAGCCAGUGGAAUCUGAAAAGCAUCUACUGCUUGGAAAAGCACUAAGAGGCCAACAGAUCGAAACCCACCAGCAAAAUCAUGAAGCCAGGCAGCUUUCUCCUCCUCACUCUGAUGGUCUUCUUUUUGUACUCAGGUGUUGCUGUUAAAGCAUCAUGGGAAGCGAAAUAUUGCCAAGGGUAUCCAAAAGUCCAAUGCACUGAGGAGUACCGUGCACACUGUGGUUCUGAUGGCAAGACCUAUAGCAACCGGUGUCACUUCUGCAAUGAAUAUAUAAAAAAUAAAAGAAAGCUGAUACUAAUGUACUAUGGAAAAUGCAGAAACGUUUAAGAUGCACAAGACUACGGAACAUCUGUGGAAGAAGUCCCAUUUCUCUUCAAGCUUCACUCAUUGCAUCACCCCCC